UGCCAGAGAAUUCAUUUGACAUCUGCAGAAUACCACUCUGACGAAACUCUUCGUUUUGCUCACAAAGGCGACAUAGGUCACAAGAGAGUCAGCAACAACCAAACUAACAAAGACAUCGUUACUAUUGAUAGAUAGGUUGCAUCAGACCUUACCAUCGCAUCCCUCGUCUAUUCAUUCAUUCAUUUGAGCUUUGAGCUGUUUGUACCAAACAGAUCUUCUUGGACAUUUUCGUGAGUAUUCUAUACUGUAGAAACACCCAUCGUACAUACAACAAAGAAAACAGAGACACAGGCACCAUGGACAAGCUAUUGUUUUGGAAGAAGGGCGACGAGGAGGCGCAGGCAGCAGGGGACAAGAAGGUGGAGGAAACUCAGACUGAAGGAGAGAAGGCUUCCGAAGACGCUCCCACCACGGAAGAAAACAAGGGUGAGAAAACAGGAGAGGAAGCCACAAAGGAGGAACCUGCUGGAGAAUCCUCCAAAGAGGAACCGGUUGCCAAGGCGGAAGAGACACCCACGGAAGAAUCUCCCAAGGCAGAUCCACCCACGGAGGAACCUCCCAAGGAGGAGCCAGCCAAGGAAGAGCCAGCUAAGGAAGAAGCCCCUAAGGAAGAUCCACCCACCGAAGAGCCUGCUAAGGAAGAACAACAACCUGCAGCUGAGGAGCCAGCAAAAGAAGAACCAGCCAAGGAGGACGCACCAGCCGAAGAGGCGGCAAAAGAGGAAACCCCCAAGGAAGAUGCUCCUCCAGCUGCAGCAGCAGAAGGCGAGGAAAAACCCAAGGAAGGAGGAGAAGGCAGUGAAAAAGACGGAGAAGAUAAACCAACGGAAGAUGACCAGAGGAGCAGUGGUAUAAACCGACUCUUUUUCUGGAGAAAGUCGGAUGCUAGUGGUGAAGGCGAAAAGAAGGAAGAGGAGGCAAAGAAGGAAGGUGAGGAAGAAGGUGAGAAGAAGGAAGGCGAAGAUGCACCAGCGACUGAUGAGAAUAAAGAAGGUGGCGAAGAGGAGCCUGCAGAACAAGCUGAUAAGGCGUUGCCAGGAGAUGAGGAGGCCGAAGAGGUGGAAAAUACAGUCGAAGAGGAUUUGGCAAAGUUGGCACUGGUGUCACCAAAAAACGACGACAUGGACACGUCUCGUGCGUCCAUCAUGGAAGGAAGGUCGGCUUGGGCUUAAUCUGAAAUUUUUUUGAGUUCAGAAGGACUUUUUCGUGUCAGAGGAACAGCUGAAUGAGCUUGCAAAACCUCUAUGUGGCAAUGGUUUCUGUUCUGUGUUGUUGUUUUUAUAAAUUCCACUUGACAUUUUUUUGCGUGGCGGAAGGGCCAACGAGACUCUUUGGUGGGCAUCUUCGAGUUUUUCUUUGCCGGUAGCACAAGGAAUGAAGUCAUUCUACACGUAUGCUUCAGAUUUAUGCAAACGUCAACUUAUUACUUGUAAAGCCAGGCCUUUCAGAGUGACAGUCAUGAGAUUGAAGUGGCCCGUAACGUAGCCGCAAGUGGAGGCGCAAUUCGCGUCGUCGAAGCUUCUAGCUAGGUAUCGCAAGUAACGUUUGCUUUCUCCCUUCCAUAGGGGAAAAAAUAUGUCC